CGCAGAUCGGAAGCAACAGAGCUUUCCAGAAAAUACUUCUGAGCUGAGGCAACGAGUAGAGGGCGGCGGGUUCUCUGCAAGCUUACCUCGCAUUUUCUCUCUUUCAACAGGACCAAAGUUGACAUUUUUUCUUUACACAUCAUUCCAUUUAGUGUGCUGUUGUUGCGUGGACUUCCCACGGAAGAGAAGGAGAGAGAGCUAGAAGAUGACGUCUAGGACUAUUGAUUACAGUGUGUGGGACCACAUCGAAGUGUCGGAUGACGAGGAUGAGACUCACCCCAAUAUCGACACCCCGAGCCUCUUCCGAUGGAGGCAUCAGGCGCGUGUGGAGAAACAGGUGGCCUUCGAGGAGAAAGGAGAGGAGCUGGAGAGGAACAUGGCAGAGUGUAAGAGACGUCUGGAAGAGGUGCAGUACAGAGUGAAGGAGUUAGAGGAGGAAGGAAAGAAGGAGGGAGAGGAGGAGGAGGAGAGGAAGACGGCGCUGAGCAAGGCCCAGGCCGAGGAGAAGAAAUACAGAAAGGAUCAACGCUUGUGGGAGAAGAAGAUGGAGGAACAUCGGAGAGAGGAGAAAAAGAUGCCUUGGAACGUUGACACGCUCAGCAAAGAGGGAUUCAGCAAGAGUAUGUUGAACAUCAAGCCGGAAGCGACAGAGGAGACAGAGGAACAGAAGGAGGAGAAACACCAGACUUUUGUGGAUAAACACAAGAAAGAGAUCAAACACUUUGGGAUGCUUCGGCGUUGGGAGGACAGUCAGAAGUACCUGUCUGACCACCCUUACCUGGUGUGUGAAGAGACGGCUAACUUCCUGGUUAUCAUGUGUAUCGACCUGGAAGUGGAGGAGAAACAUGGUUUGAUGGAUCAGGUAGCCCAUCAGACCAUAGUGAUGCAGUUCAUCUUAGAGUUGGCUAAGAGCCUGAAGAUCGACCCUCGAGGAUGCUUCAGAGAGUUCUUCCAAAAGAUCAAGACUGCAGACCAGCCCUACCAGGAGGCCUUUACUGAUGAGCUGGAGUCAUUUAAAGAGAGAGUUCGAGGCAGGGCUAAGAUCAGGAUACAAAAGGCUAUGGAGGAGUAUGAGGAGGAGGAGAGACAGAACAGACUGGGGCCUGGUGGACUGGACCCUGUGGAAGUCUACGACACUCUGCCAGAGGAAAUGAAGAAGUGUUUUGAUGAUAAAGACAUCUCAAUGCUGCAGGAAGCUAUAAGCAAGAUGGAUCCCGUGGAGGCAAAGGGCCACAUGAAGAGGUGUAUUGACUCAGGACUCUGGGUUCCCAACGCCAAUACCGACAACGAAGAGGACAAAGAAGAAGACGAGGAAGAGGAAAAGGAGGACGAGGAAGAACCAGAGAAGGAGGGAGAGGCGGAGGAGGAGAAAUGACUCUGUCAUGAAUUGAACCCUUCCGUUAGACUUUUGACCUUUUCAGACCUAGCUAUACUCUUUACUAACAUUAGCUUGUCUUAUUGAAAACAUGCUGUGAAGAUGCUAACUUCCCUAGCGUUAAUUGGGCUAGUAUCGCCAGCAUUAGCCUGACCCAUUGAAAACCUGCAUCGGGCCAGUAUUUACAAAGAGUCUCAGAGUAGGACUGCUGAUCUUGGAUCUGAACAACAUCACAUGUACAAGGGGACCUGAUCCUAGAUCAUCACUCCUAUUGGAUCUGAUCUGAACAUCAUCACAUGUACAAGGGGAUCUGAUCCUAGAUCAGCACUCCUAUUCUGAGACGCUUUAUGAAAAUGUGGGGUGAAGUUUCCCCUAGGUACAGGUCUAGGAUCAGAUUCCCCUCCCCCAAUCCUGACGUUAACCAUUUGGGGAAAAUGCUAAACUUCACCCUGCUUCCGUUUCUACCCAUAGUCCCUUUCUCCAUGACCCCACGUUUAUAUUUACCACCUCCACCUCACUUCUUAUCCCUGCUGUCUCUUCUACCCAUAGUCCCAUCUUUAUAUUUACCCCCCCACCUCACUUAUCCCUGUUGUCUCUUCUACCCAUAGUCCCAUCUUUAUAUUUACCCCCCCACCUCACUUAUCCCUGCUGUCUCUUCUACCCAUAGUCAGUGGCGGUUCUAGACCAUUUCAACUGGGGGGCGGGGCCAAGCUGGGGCCAGUUGUACUGUUAGAGGGGCCAGUUACAUUAGACGUUAUUGUUGUCAUAUCAUUUUCUUCACUGCAUUGCAGGCAAAAGACCAUGUUCCGCGUUGUCACUGUCUAAUAACGGAUGUAAAAAGAACGAUAGCAAAAAUUAGUUAUGUAAAAAUGAUUUCAUACUCCACAUUUAGGGGGUCCACAAGGGGGUCCAAAAUUGUUGUCACAGGGGCCCUGCCCCCCCCCUCCACAGAACCGCUAGUGCCCAUAGUCCCAUAUUUAUAUUACCCACCUCACUUCCGGUUUAAUAGCACGUGAUCUGUUUGAUUUUGUUAUUCAUAAUUGUUUGUUUUGUUUUAUAGGUGUAGUUCCACUCUCCACUCCCUCCCCUUCCAGUCACCUAGAACUCAGACCAGUCUUUUGAAAUGUUACCUUGAUCUUAGAACCGCUACCCAACAGAAACUCAUUCAGAACUGCUCAACCCCGGUUUUAAACCCUCCAAUCUCACCUCCAUCCCCUCUGGACCAAACCAUCUCUCAGGCCUGUCUCUGUCUCUCCGCAUGGGUCAAACCACUUUAAACCAGAUGAAACAGGUUAAAACCAGUGCAAUUCUGAUCGGAGCUCCUCGCUGCAGCUGGGACAGAGCGGGUGUGGUCUGUCAGUUGACUCCACCCCUUUCGUUAUUACAGUUGUGUCUCUUGCUUAGUAAAGUUGAGCUGCAAAAACAA